AUGCUGGACGAAGCGAGCGUUGGACUUCCCGGCGGCUUUCCGGCGCACCCACAUCGUGGAUUUGAGACCGUGUCCUACAUGCUCCCCACGUCUAAGGGCAACAUUCAACACGAAGAUUUUUUGGGCAAUGAAGGCGAACUGCGACCUGGUGAUCUGCAGUGGAUGACGGUUGGACGAGGGAUUAUGCACUCGGAAAUGCCAAAGAGUCACGACCCGGCGCACGGUCUCCAGCUAUGGGUCAACCUUCCUAAGCUCCGUAAAAUGAUCCAGCCCCGCUACCAAGACGUCCCACGUGAGUCGGUGCCGCAUGCUUUCAACGACGACAAGAGUGUCGAGGCUCUUGUCUUUGCCGGCGAAGUGUUCGGUUUGCGAGGUCCCAUUGAAACGGAGGCACCAGUUACGUACGUUCACUUUAUGUUGGCCGCAGGAGCCAAGCUCGAGUACCCGAUUCCGUCAACGCACAACGCGCUUGUAUACGCUAUCAGUGGUAGGGAGGGGCCAAUGUGUUGGAGCUUCCAUCCAGCCACACGAGGCGAUCGUGAUGGAGAAGGGACGAAGAUGGGGUUGUACUGA